UUACGCAUCUCUGCCAGGGGGGAGAUAUCAACAAAUGCAUGAUUAAAAUAUAGUUAUUGAUCCAUGUGAAGAGAACCGUCGUUAAAACUGGGUGAGGCCCGUCAGCUGCUGCGGGGAGGACCCGGUGAUGUCAAAGCUGAUGUAAAAAUGAAACGGGGAAGCCUGCAGAUCUCUGCCGCCUUCUGGAGCGAUAAAUCAGGGAGGGGGGACAACAAACCCGUCCGCUUCUAAUUAGAGUAGCAGGCGGUGCGUUUAGGGCCAGUUUGUCCACUGGAAACGCUCCUUCGCUGCUGCAGCAGCUCCUUGUCCGCGGAUCUCGCAGCCUUUGCAUCACAGAUUUCUCCGUCACACCGAGGUUUCCCCCCUCUGCUGCAUGCGUAACAUCUCUCCGGGUCCAGCCGUGGAGCGCACCGACACCUGACCGCUCGGAUCGCAUCAGAACCCGCUCGGAUUUUCCUCCAUCAGAUCAGAAGCGAGGCUGGGAUUUCCUCCUAUCGUUUCAUUUUUUUUAUAUUAUUCCUACACAUUCUCCUCCUCCUCCUCUUCUUCUUCUUCUCCUUCUUCUGUGUGUGUGUGUGUGUGUUGGGUGGAGUCAACCCGGAAUUCUCCAAAUUGGAAAAGCAUUGGCACGACUCAGGCACACCAUGAAGGACAGCAUCGUCAACAACAGCACAGCCAACAUCUCCCAAGCCAGGAAAGCAGUGGAGCAGCUGAAGAUGGAGGCCUGCAUGGACAGGAUAAAGGUCUCCAAAGCAGCUGCAGACCUGAUGGCGUACUGCGACGCCCACACACGCGAGGACCCCCUCAUCGUUCCCGUCCCCGCCUCCGAGAACCCGUUCCGGGAGAAGAAGUUCUUCUGCAACAUCCUCUGAUGAGCCACCGCCGCCGCCGCAGCAGCCGCUACGAGUGCAGGCUUGGCGUUGCCUGGCUUCUCUGUCUUCACCACACCUGAAGCUAUUGGCCAUCAAAGGCGUUGAGUUGAGUUUUGCCUGGUGGACACUCUGUUGUUGCUGGUCAGCUCUGUCUUAGUGGCUGAGGGUUUUGGGGGAGUCAGCCACCGAACUGGCAACCCAGUGAGCGUUACCAUGUCUUGUUAAAUAGGUUUGUUAUUGCUUUGUUGUUAGAGAACAGCCUUGCUCAGUGCUUAAUGAGAUGAAAGAUGUGUUUUGUUUUUUCCUUUUUCAUUUUGAAUUUUCUUGUGCUAGAUUGUAACUUGCCUCAGGAAACAGAAAAUUUGCCCAGUGUUGAAACUUCUACAUUAUGUUUUCCCCUUUUACUUUAUUCAGAGCAAAGAAUACAAAGUUUUUAAUUAAUUUUUCAAAAGUGGUGCAGUCUGAUUUUAUAGCAACAUUGAAAUUUUAUUUGAUGCCUCCUUUAAACCUGACAGGAGUCUCAGAAAAUUAACUUUCUUUUGUGGAGCCUCCAGCUGGCAAAAAGCAACUUCAAAUCUCAUUUAAACUCGAGAUUUGACUUUGACUCAUGGACUGGAACUCAAGUCUGAUUGGGAUUCUUUAUAAUUAGAGGUUAAAACAAACCCCUGAUUAUAAAGCUCUGACACAUAAUACAUCGUACUUGCAUUAUAUUCCUAUGAAAAUAUUAGCUUGAUUUAUUAGCUCUGGCAGACCUUCAUUCAAGCCACAUCCGGCUUAUCAAAAUAAAAGCAUUUCCAUUAUUUUUAUUCAAAAAUGUCAAAAUACUUUCCUAUCUACUCUUUCCACAGUGCCUCAGGCAUAAUGUUGUGAUGUAUACCUCACCUUGGAGCAUAUUUACCUUUUAGGCUUUACAAAACGGUUUUAAAUAAUUCAAAUUGAGGUGGAAAAAACCUGUAAACCCCAAAUACUUC